AUGGCUCUAUUCGUGGAACAUCUAUGUCUAACAAAUGUAGUCUUCGCAGUUCUGCUUGUGUUUAUGAUUUAUCUGUUGGUCGAGUUUUAUCAAUUCAGAGGAAUGCCCCCAGGUCCACGAUUAACAAACCUUCCUUUCAUCGGAAACCUUUUCAGCUUUGAUUUUGAUGCGACAACCUUCCAAGAUGCCGUCGUCAGCUUGCGAAAGAAAUAUGGAAGACUGUUCUCCCUAAGGCUCGGAAGCUACAAGUUUGUUAUCGCCGGUUCAACAGAAGCUGUCCGGGAGGUGCUGGUGACAAAGUCUUCCGAAUACGGUGGAAGACCUAAGACCUACAGUUUGAGAACGUUAAGCCUUGGCUUCAAGAACAUAGCUUUCAGUGACGGCUUGUCGUGGAAAAUUCAUCGCCGUAUCCUUAUCUCUGCCCUAAGACAGCACAUUUCCAACACAGCCUUCAUUGAAGAGAAAGUGACUUACACGGCUUCGAAACUUUUGCGAUUUCUUGAGGAACAGCAACAGAAGGACUUUGAUCCCGCUGAUUUUCUAAACCAGUGUAUUGUCGAGGUCCUGGGGCGAAUAAUAUUUGGAAAUGAUUGGGACCUCAGCGAUCCUCAAAUUAAUGACUUAAUCCAUAGAAACGAACUCGGUCUAAAAAGCUAUAAAGACUUCCAAGCCAUGAUGUUUCUGGACUUUUUUCCCCUAAGCCAAUUAUUUCCUUUCAGUUCGCGGAAAAAAAUAUUCGGCAUAUUUCUUUCCACUCUGGAGAUCAUCCGCCUAAAGUUAAGAGAACGAAUGGUAACUUUCGAUCCCCAGGUACCCAGUUCCAAUUUGAUGGAUGCGUUACUGCAUGCCCAGAAGGAAGCUAUGGAAGGGACCGAGACCAAUGAAAUUAAGGCUUCCCUUUUCUCUGAAGAUCAUCUUAUCAACACUAUACAGGACAUGCUAACAGCUGGUUACGAGACUACUGCGCAUGCACUGACAUUUGCGUUAGGCUAUUUGGUUCAGUACCCUGAUUACCAAUAUGAUAUUCAGAAACAACUGGAUGACGUCGUUGGUCGACGUCGCAUGCCACAAUUGGAGGAUCGCCCCAGACUGCCUCUUAUCCAUGCUACCAUUAUGGAAAGCUUAAGACUGGGUAACGUAGUACCCCAAGCUUUACCACACCGAGCUGUACAAGACACCUUCCUGUGUGGUUAUAGAGUGCCUAAGGAUACUAUCGUAUAUCCAGACACGGAAGCAAUACAUCUUGAUCCUGCUUGCUGGAAGGAGCCGAGGCUCUUCAACCCUUAUCGCCAUCUCGAUAAAGAUGGCAAUUUGAUAACAAAUCAGGGAAAUUUUUAUCCGUUUGGAGCAGGACGCCGUGUGUGUCCAGGCGAGACUCUUGCUAAAUUGGAAAUGUUUGUUCUCUUGUCUUGGAUGCUUCACAAGUUUACGUUUCUUCCUGAGGAAGGCCAGGACCCUCCUACAAUAACGCAUCGAAGAGCAAUCACACAGUAUCCAGCUCCUUUUAAGAUCAGGGCUAUGAAGAGAAACUGAAUAAAUAUCAGCAUUUAAAGAGAAAACGUAAUAUAGGAAUAUUUAAUCAAAAUUCCAGUUCAACCUGGAAACAGUGGACAAGAAGAGCCAUCCCGUGGAUUGCCCACUGCUAAAUUUUCAAUAUUAGUAUCACUCCCAUUAUUCAUUAGACAACUAGCUUAUGAUCUGAACUAAUACGAAUAGCAAUCGUGAGCGAAUGAUUUAAUAUCUAUAGUAUAAUCUUAUAAUUUCCUCAAAGAGUAACGGGAACAUAACAAUUAAGUUGAAUUUCUGUUGUGCAGCCUCGUCAGUAAAGGGUACACUCGCAAAAAGGGGAAAGGUAUCAAUUGCUUUUGAUCAAUACAAUGAGAGCUUUCUUAUUCUGUCAUCUUUACGUUUAACGACAGAAACAAUUCCAUUGGUGUCGCUUGAAUAGAAACUCAAGGAUUAUCAGCCCAAUGUAGUUGUAAUGUAUUGCCGAGACAAAGAAUACAACUAAGAAUUAGC